GAUGCAUCAUGGGCUAGCAAUAUCGACUUCCUGUUUCACCCAGAGAGGGCCUUUAUGAGUGAGAUCCGCAGCAGUGUCAACAUUUCCAUGUAUUCCAACACCACUCACGUCGUCUUGCCGACACCCAGGGUGCCACCCGAGGGCGUGUCGGACCGCAUGUCCGUCAGCAUCACGUUCGUCAACUUCUGUUUCGCUCUCACGUGCUUCCUGGUGCGGUACGCGUCCGUCUUCUGGUACACAAACAAGCUGCUGACGGCCAUUUUCGCGCUUCAGCUCCUGGCCAUGGAGCUGAAUUCUAUAUUCAGCUUCAACUGCUUCUCCACGCUGUACUGUGUAUGCUACAACAAGACCGUCUUCCCAAACGUCCACCUUUCGCUAAGUUGUGUUGUCGAUCUAGUGUUGUACCUGUUUGGCAGCACCAUCCUCAUGUUGUCGACGAUGGCAGUCUUUGAGUACGGGUCCCAUUACUUUCACGAGAAGUUCAAGAUCGUCGAGCGCCACCACAACCCGGAGAGCUACAUCAAACAGACAAUUAUCGCCAACAGCGGAUGCCAGGGUUACGUCCCUCACCUGUGCGCCAUCGCCACGCUCGUGGUCUUCGCCGUGUGCAAAGGGCCGCUGCUCUACGAGCUUGUGUCGUUGAUGCGGCUGACGGGAGAUCAGCUCCUGCUGUCGGGUGUCGUGUGUGAGGUCUGCUACAUGGUCCUGUGGGUGGCGCUCUGGUUCGGACUCACCAUCAAACAGCAAUGGAAGUUCAGGAUUUUAGACUACGUCCCCCUCCGUCAGCCGAUGCAUUUGCUAUCCGGUGACGGCUCAUCGAAACACUCGCACCACGGGCACGGGGACAGCGCGCAAAGUGACAGCCUGACAAGAAGUAAGCGCCUCAGUGGUCGGGAAAAUUUUACCAGAUAUCUGGAGACUGGGGCGCCGGGGACGAACAGCAGCGGAGAGGACACCUAUCAUUCCGAUAUUGGCACGGAUGAUUCCGACGUGAUCAACAGUGCGGAGAUGGUGCUGGAUUUAGAUGGGAACCUCAUCUCCGACAGCGGCGCCAACUUCAGGCGGUCUCGCCAGAGGAGGAACUGCGGCCAGAGGGUCACAUUUGAUGAGUCUGUGCGCGGCAAAGGGUCGGCUGCCGGUGGCAACCACACACCAACCAGCAGCCUGACGAGGCAAGGCGCCGUCGGUGGCUUCAGGCAAGAGGAUGCCAAUCAUCUGAACAUCACGGCCGACAUUCACGCCAUCUUACCACCACCAAACAACGAAUCUCUUCAAGAGGUGACUUUGCGCAGCAAGCCGCCAGACACCGCACCGCUGAGCAGGGAGUACAGAAACAGCAUCAGGAGCAAGUGCGGUGAGUAUUAUUCCAGCACGAACAAUUUGUCGGCCAGCUUCGACGAGGGUGUCGCGGGUUCGAGUCCUCCAGACGCCCUGCCCACUCUCAUGUCCUCGUUUAGAGACAAAGUUCGCGUGUCUUCCAUAGCGGCGAGCUCUUUCAAAGAUCGAGAGAGACAAAUGCUGGAACAGUUCGAGUACGUGGAUCCACCGCCCCCUAUUGUUGAUGACAUAAUAAACAACGAAGUCGAGAAAAGGCGAUGCAUUGCUAUAUCUGACGAGGAUAUCGGCGUUGAGAGCUACAGACAGGACAAUAAUUCCGGCAUGUAUAGACUUGACAGCGCUGUUAACGAUGGGGGCUACGGCUUCGAUACCAGCGACAAGUAUCGAUCCAACUCCAAUUCUCACAACAGACAGGAGAAUCAAGAUGUUUAUUAUAGAUUUGACAGUAAUCUUAACGACGGCGGCUACCCGUAUGACAGCAGCACAAAGUCCUCAUCACUGACUCGGAAAGCGCAACACAAUUCAUCCCUGAGUAGCGACGAUGAGCAGCGCAGCAGCUGUGGUAACAGCACCGUAGAAUCAUCGGAGAUAAGUCUCCCGCCACUCAUGGAGGAAAUUCAAAUCAGCAGAGUUCGAACGGGCAGCGGGACGGGCAAGGCGGGUGGUAUCCCCAAGGAGAAUUACCCACACCACCACAUGGUAGGUGGAAAAGUUGAGUAUCGUGCUUUGCAUUCUCACGCGCACUCUCGGCCCGUUCAUUUAGUUGUAGGGAAGAAGUCUGAAAUAGGGAGGCGCGACUCGGCCAACUAUUCGCUGACCUCGUCCCAGGACAAUUCCUCCAAUGAGUCAGACCACGGCCACGGACUGUGUAGUCAAGUAUGA